GGUGUGAGCGAGGCCCGGCCCUCGUCACAAAUUUUAUUUUUAACCAACAGUUUUCCCUGGCCCUCGGGGUGUUCUCUUCUUGCGGAAAGGGGGUUAGUUAGAGAACGAGGAAAAGUCACAUUAUCCGAGUGUGAGGCCAAGAUGGAGGAAGGGGCCCAGGCCCCCGACUGGGACAGUGAUGAAACGGUGAUUGAGGGGUCGGUGACAGAGAGCGACUUGGACGACGAGGAGCUGCCCCGGAGAAGGUUGCUCUUCGGUCAAGACCCAUCUCUUGGAUCUGAGUUCAGUCUCCAUCCUGGUUUAAAUGGAAUGUACAAAGGCACAUCCCCUAAGAUUCAGCUUGGGUUUAAACUCAGAGAGGAUCCACAAGAGCAAAUGAGCAAAAACAACAUGAUAACUUUUCUUGGUGAAGAUGCAGUCUUACAGCAACCUCAAGAUGAACUGGAACAGAAUCAAGAUCUAUUAAAGACUAGAAAAAAUUGUUCAGUGUUCACUGUGUCAUUUCCCCAGGCUGAACUGUCACUGAGCCACCAGAGUAUUCGAGGGCCUGAAGUGGAAAAUCCUGAAGUUUUGCCACACCCAGAAAAGGAACUAAAUGCAGAUGGAUGCUCUCCUGAAAUUAACCUUUCGGAUGCUGCUAUUAAAGUAUCUGAUAUCGUUGCUGUGAAAGAGAAAUCCUUAAUUGAGGUAGAGAAGAUCUUAGCAGCACCAAAUACAUUUUCUGAGCCUGGAAAGGAAGUCACAUUGACCAUGACUUCUGAAGAAACUAAGGAUGAAGGAAGCUCUCUUGAAACUUUUGUGUCUGUCUUAGAAAGGUUACUGACAUCACCAGAAACCUCCCAGGAGGAAAGACUGUUUGAAAUGAGUGAUUGUGAACCUAGGGAGUUGAUGAAGCCUUUGAGCAACUCUCUGAGUUCCAUAUCAACACCUUCGACAUGUCACAGAGAUUUACUAGAAACCACAAAGGAUGAUGCAUUGCCAGCUGACUUGUUUGCAGCACUAAACACCUUAUCAGAAGCCAAGGUAGGACCCAUCUGUCACAGGAAAGAAGGAGGCAGCAGUCUCAGUACUGGAAAUGAAUGUUUAGGAGUGGAGUGCAGCAUGUCUCAGACCAGUGAAGAUUGCACACAAAUAGCAGAGACUCCUGAAGACCCAAAUCCAGUUGGGUUGCAAACUUUGGUUCAUCAAAGUAUCACCUCUUGUGAUCCACUACAUAAGAAGGAAAAUUCAAAUCCAGUGGAGAAUUGGUCUGACCAGGACCCUCGGUGUGGGUUAAGGAGAUCAUCCAGACUGAAAGUAGGCAGAGAUGUGAAGCACACAGAUGACAUAUAUAAGAUGCCAGCAGAGACUUUACCAAAAACACAUGGCUGUGAGGAUCAAACAAAUAAUAACUCUUCAACUGAGAAUUUCAGAAUAAAGGAUCCUGCUUUAAUGAUUGAAGGUAAAGGGAUGAAGAAUAUGCAUUCAUCCACACUGAAGAACAGAGAACAGAUCAGGAAGAACAAAAAACUUGCAGGAAAAAAUGAAAAAAUGAAGAUGAAUAAAAUAUCUCUUGCUAACAUUAACCGUAGAAACAUUUUUGGAGAGAAUUCACUGUAUAAGGCUGCUCUGCACAAUGACAUUGCUCUUGUUCAUCAUUGUAUAAAAAAAGGUGGAAAUGUUAACCAACCAAGUUAUGCUGGUUGGACAGCACUUCAUGAAGCCAGUGUAGGAGGAUUUUAUCAGAUAGCAAGUAAACUACUAAAAGGUGGAGCAGAUGUAAAUUUCAAAGGAAGGUACCAGAUCACUCCCCUACAUGAUGCUGUGAUGAAUGGACAUUAUAAGGUGGCAGAGUUACUUCUUUUGAAUGGAGCCGAUCCAUUAUUUACAAGUGACUAUGGAAAGUGUGCUUUGGAUGAAGCCAAAGAUUCACGUAUGAAGCGUCUCCUUGAGAGAUAUGUUCCUAAACAUCAAAAACAUCUUAUAUCAGCUCAAAAGUAUAGCACUGACCCAUUAGAAAUAAAGGAUGCACACCAGCAUAAGAAACAAAAAUUCACUUCUAGAAGUUGUAUUGGGUUUGUUUGUGAGGAAAAUUUCAAUAGACAGAAGCCAGAAUAUAUAAAAGUUGCUGAAGGAAGCAAAGAGGGUUUGUUUAUAAAUAAAGAAGAUGUAUAUGAACAUUACCAGAAAGAUCCCAAAAACAUAGACUUUGGUAUAUCCAAGCAUAAGCAAUCAAUUCCUAACCAAAUAUGCUCUAAAGAACUCAGAAAGAAUAAUCUCCAUAAUGUCAAAGAUCUUAGCACAAAUGUGUCUAAAGAUAAAGGAAGAAGAAACACACAACAUAAGAGGACUCAAAUAGAUGAUACAGUCCAAGAAAGCAAUCCAAGAAAGACAAUAGCUGUCUCUCCUAACAGAAAAAUAAACAGAAUGGUUACUCGUCAGCAACACAUUCUUCAAACCCUUGAUGACCUUCCAGAAAAAUCAUGUGAACCUUUCAGCCCAGCUCUGUCAAGCUUGAAAAAUGAAUUAGGUGACACUAUCAAGGCUUACUCAAUUCCCAAAGACACACAUAUCCAGAGCCUGGAUUUAUCAGAUAGUCAGGAAAUAGAAUUCGUAGAAUUAGAAUCCAUUGACCAAACGGAAGCUGGCCCUUUCUCAGGACUUUCAUUACAUCAAGAAAUCGACUUUCCACUUGUUACUGUGGAUCAGCAGCCUUACAUUUACCAAGAGCAGAACAUUAGCCUUUAUAAAUCUCAUGAAAAUGAUAACUCGGGUAAAAAAGAUGAGAACCUUAAUAAGCGGAAAAAUUCUUUCCUAUCCUUUAUAAAGGAAAAUUUUCAUAAUGAUGGUGAAUGCUUUGCCUCUGAGAACACUGUAACAUCUAAAAAAGUGAUGUGUUCUACAAGUUGCAAAAAUCACUGUAAUUAUAAAGAGAUAACAAAUAGAGAAGAAAUGGAUUUUCAACAAUUUUUACCUUCUAAAGGCCAUCUUUUACAGGAAAAUGAGUUAAAGACAGGCAGUCUAACCAUACUUCCACAACAGGAAGCAGUUACUUUUUCUGACUUAACUAAUACAGUAGUUUCUCCUGAACAACACAUUGCAAAUUAUGAGCAAUGCAUAUGUGGAACUUCUUUCGAUCACUCACUUGGUAAUCCUGAGCAUACUUCCCUGGCUUGUACAAGAACACUUUCAACACAUGAAAUUUCAAAGUUGACUGGUCAUGUGGAGCUAUUCAUAAGGCCUCAGGAUUAUAGCCCCAGAGCAGCAGCCUCUUUAAUGAAUCAAACAGAGACACAUAUAGUGGAAAAGGUGAGUAAAGGAAAAGACACUGAAAGGAAUUACACUGACAAAAGUCAAAAACAAAGUUCUUCAAGUGGGCCUUUAUCCACAGUUGUUCAUUCUCAAGUAAUAAAAACAAAUGAAGUUGAAAAAAGGAAUCAAGACCUUCCAGAGAGUAAAAUCAUACAUGAUCCAAAUUUCCAUUCCACUGACAAUAUGAAUGAAGAACUGACCAGCAUCUCACAACUUAGUCAAGGAGGAGAGAAAGAAAUUUCUCACAAACCAGUUGAGGAAUUAAUUUAUAAUAUCAAUCGAGAUGAAAGCGCUAUACGAAAUUAUGAAGAGAAAAAAGAUUCAGAAAUUCAUGUGCAUACUAAUAUCCAAGAACACAAUAAAGUUCAGAAUUUCAGAAAAGGACAGAAUUUCUUGAAAACUACCUGCAACCAAGAAAUGAAAACAGCUGGGAUCAAUAAGCGGAGCACCAGAGGGGAAAGCCAGCUUCAUUUGGCUGCCAGAAAAGGAAAUUUGUCUUUGGUGAAAGCUCUAAUAGAAUCUGGAGCAAAUGUGAAUCUAAAAGAUAAUGCAGGCUGGACCCCACUUCAUGAGGCAUCCAGUGAGGGAUCUAAUGAUAUAAUUGUAGAGUUGUUAAAAGCUGGUGCUAAUGUUGAUUGUGAAAAUCUACAUGGAAUUCUGCCCAUACAUGAUGCUGUUGCCAGCAAUCAUUUAAAGGCAGCUGAGAUUCUACUACAACAUGGAGCAAACCCUAAUCAAAAGGAUCAAAGGAAGAAGACUGCUUUGGAUGAAGCAGUAAAAAUUCCUGCUGUCCAACCAAAAAAACGUAAGGAGUGUUCUUGUGAUGACUGCAGAACUGUUGAUCCACCUUCUCUUUUACACCAAGGAAAAAUAAGAGAAAGCCUUCCUGUGCAUCAGACUGUCAGUGCUGUUCUACAAGCUAUAGAAGAAGAACAAGAAAAUUUGUUACAGUUUGAAAUAAGAACCCCUGAAAAUGCAGAACAAUACAUUGAAAAGAUGUUAGAGAUAAAAGAAGUGAUGGAUAAUGUGCUUGCCAAGCAGAAGGCAGAAAGGGAAGAUCUGGCUAAAAAAUACAGGGUAUCUGUAGAAUCAUUUAAGCAAGGAGCCUUGAGAGAACAACUGGCUAACUUGGCCACAAGACAGAAAAGCCUUUUAGUUGUGGUGAAAAAACAGAAAAAAGUAAGGCAGAAAAUUCAAGACUAUAAGAAUGUUACAUCUUUGUCUGCUCUUAGUUUGAGGAAGCUGCCAUCUGGCUCAAAAAUCUCUAGGGAAAAGGACAGCCAAGAGCUUACCAGUCUAGAAAAUUCAGCACAGCUCCAGUCAGGUUCACUUUCUCCCGUCAGCGUUGUUUGUGGAAGCAUACAGGAAACACAAUUGUCUCUGGAAAUGUCGAAUAACAGCCAAACCACCAACACCUGUCUAAAUUCAGAGACAGUGAGAAGGGAAGAGUUUUGUGGAAAUGAGCUAAAUUCUAAACAAGAUGUCAGUGACUGUAUCUUGGAUGGGUUGUCAAAAUCCAGACAUUCAAAUGGCACCAAGAAGAUUAAAUUAGCAUCCCAACCUGUUGCUUUUAUUGUUCAAGCAGAACAUUCACAAAAAGAAAAUGAUUUUAAAGAAACUGCAGCCAAAGACCAUGAAUCCUCUAGUCCUUCAGCAGUAACCAGCACAUUAAAUAUUUCAGGAACCACAAGUGUACUCACCCAAAAUGAUGCCCAUUCAUCAAUUGCUACUCGUGCUCAGGCUGUUUCCAGUUGUUAUCCAAAAAGAGGAAACAGGAAAUCAGCUUCCCAGCAACCACCUAGGAGGACAUCAGAAUCCCUAGAACAUCAAGGGAUUGAUGUCUUAGGCAGUGAUACUGGUCAACAGAUGAAACCAUAUCUUAAAAAGUCACCUUUUGCUGUCGCUCAUGCAAAUGACAGUCAAGGUUCCUCUUCCUCUCGGUCUGGUUGUCAACGUGCUGUUCAGAAGCCUUUAAACUAUAGCACAGCUCCUAAAAAGAAAUGUAUGCAGAUAAAGGAUCUGAUACUACUUGGAAGGAUUCAUCCAGGAAAUAAUAUUCUGGAAUUCAAAACACAGGAGACUACCCAUAAAGCCAGCAUUUUACUGAGCGGUAAAAUAAAGGUAGAAGAUGGUCAGAUUUAUCAAAGUCCAGUCACCUGGCUCAAGGAUCUUCUAGGAGGUGAUAGUCAUGUGACCUGGAACUAUGCUUGGAAUAAGGUAACAUAUCUGGGGAAAGCGCUUGUAAAGUAUGUUUCUGAGGAAGUACCCAUACCACCAGAGCCAAACGCAGUACCCCAGCAACACCAACCUUGUCUUCCAGGAACUUCCAGAGAGUCAAUGCAGAGCAUCCCACAUUAUCUACAAGUAAAUGAAAUAAUGUUGAUCAGCGAUCAAGAAUUUCUCCCAUGCCAUAUAAUGGAUCAGCAUUGGAAGUUCUAUGUGGAAAGUGAGGAGCUAACAUUCUAAACUUUUUUUCUUAAACAUUUAUUAAUUAUCCAUGUUAUUAAACAACUUUCAUAUUUUAUCUUGUUUGGACUGGUAGGCCUUCAACACAUACUUUAUGAGUUGCUACUUAAGAUGUGUGUUUACUGUUGUAAGAAAAAAUAUAACUCCAGUAUUAUAAGAUUAAUACUUUU